AUGUAUAAAACGAUAUUACGGGAGGGCCCAGACGUUCGUCUGGUUUUUUUAAAAGUGGAACCGGAUGCCUUGGCAAAAAUAAAUACGAAGAAAUAUGAGAAAUUUAGUUAUUUUUUGGAUAUGCAGUGCCACGGAGCGGUGGAAAUCUUAAAAGAGGCAUCUACCAUCGGCAAAUUUGGCAUGUUACAAUACAUCUACAGCUGGUAUUUAUUGGGUAUAGACCAGGAAGUAAAUAUGACGGACUACCUAACUACAUUUCGUACAGUUAAAACACGAAUGGAUAUGGAUGUAAAGCUUUUUCAACCCUACAACGAACGAAGUUAUAAUAUAUAUGAAAUAUUUAAGCCUGGAAUUGGUAGGGAGCUUCAAAUAAGGCAUAUUGGUAAACUAAUAAAUAGUAAAAUUAUUUUGCACCAAAAUGAAUCCUAUUAUAAUUCAAGAAAGAAUAUGACGGGGGUGCUUAUACGAUCUGCCAAUGUGAUACGAUAUCCAUUCAAAACAUCCUUUCAUGACUAUAUGGUAGCACCAAAAUUAAUGAAAUAUGAUAUUUACAGUAAAUUUCAUUAUCAGUUGUUUCUUGGACUUGCAGAUAUUCAUGGUUUUAGGUUUAACACAGUUUUACCUUUUUCCUGGUUUGGUAACACUUCAAGCGGUGAAGAUGGUGGUUUAGCUAAACUACUAUGGGAUGACACCAUAGACAUUGGAAGCGCUGGUAGAUUAAAAAGCAUAGAAGAUUUACGAAAAAUGCACAAGCUGCCUUUUAGGUCUUGUUUCUACUUUCGCAAUCCCGGAAUAGUAAAACCGAACUUCAAAGAAGUACUUAAGCCCUUUACCAAGCAAUCAUGGAUUAUAACCCUUUACGUGACUGCAAUAGUUUGUGUUUGCAUUGAAAUUUCGUAUUUUGUCGAGAAAAAAAUGCGCGGACUUAAUGAGAGGACUUGGCUUCGGUCUGUAUUUAUUGUUAUUGCUGCAUUUUCUCAACAAGGUUUAGAUACUGUACCAAAUCAACUGCCUGGUCGAAUAAUAUUUCUGCACCUUCUGAUAUGUUCUUUGUUGCUCUACAACUAUUACACAUCUAGUUUAGUUUCUUCCUUAAUUAGUACUGAACCAGAAGUGCUUAAGACUAUUAAAGAGCUUCUGGAUAGUCAACUUCAAGUUGGAAUUGAAUAUCAACCAUAUACAAUAACAUAUAUGCUUGAUAGAGUAAAACAAGAUCACUAUUUGGAUCUCCUAAACAAAACGAAAAUCUAUCAAAAAGACACCCCAAACAUUUUUGAUGUCGACGAAGGCAUAAACAAAGUACACAAAGGCGGUUUUGCUUUUCACACAGAAUCAAUUACCGCCUAUCCAAUAAUAGGAAACACUUUUGAACAGGACACUAUCUGUGACUUGGCUGAAAUUACCUUAAUUAACAGCGAUACAUCACUAAUGGCUCAAAAAAGAAGCCAAUAUAAAAAAUUGUUCCAGAUAAGCUUGCGGAAAAUGUGGCAAACAGGAAUAAUUAGAAAACUUCACAAAACUUGGGUAACGAGCAAACCGGAAUGUCUUUCUAGUGCCCGGGUGAUAUCGGUCGGAGUAAACGAUUUGUUUUUGCCUUAUUUUAUCUUAGGAAUUGGAGUAUUCUUUUCAUUAUGUUUAUUUUUCUUUGAAAUUUUCUGGAAGAAAAUUCGAUAUGGUAUGAAAUGGAUUUUAAAUAGAGAAACGAAUUAUAGUGUUCAGAGCUAUAUAGAUUAAGAUAGUUUUUAGAUACAUGGUCAUGAAUCCUUAAUGAAAUAUAAUCAUAGUAAGCAUAA